GCGGCGCGCAGUCGGAUGUUGACAGGCCCUGUCGCUGGGCUCGAGCUGUGGCAGCUGCCGCGAUCACGUUUCCAGAACUCUCCACGUUUCGCUUGAAUUAUUCCUGCCGCUCCAGAUAGACUGUCCACAUCCGCAGCGAAGCCAUGGCAACCGAAAGCAGGUUCCCCGAGAGCUUCAUUGACGAGGAUCCACAGAAAGCUCUGGAGGAACUCAAUGAGGCCUUGCAAGGAGACUCUGACAACGCUGAGUGGUUUUGCCAGCGUGCCUAUGCCCACAUACUUCUCAAAAACUUCAGCUGUGCUAUUGAUGAUGCCAAAAAAGCACAGCAGCUAACACCCAGCCUUCCCCUUGCUUUCAUGCGAACAGGAAUAGCAGAAUACCACCUGAGCCACUAUGAGUCAGCACAUGCAGCGUUCACUGAGGGACACCAGCUGGAUGUUUCUGACAACUCAUUUGAGAUCUGGAUCAAGCGGUGUGAGGAGAUGAUGGGAGAGCAGACGCAGAUCGACAGUGACAACAGGACACCAGCGGUUCCACCUGUGAAACAUGACUGGUACCAAACAGAGUCUCAAGUCAUCGUCACAGUCAUGGCAAAAAAUGUACCCAAGGAUGGUGUGUGUGUCAACUUCAUGGAAAAAGAGCUCUCUGCCACCAUACAGCUGGCAUCAGAGGAGAACUACAACCUCGACCUCCACCUCCUGCACCCCAUCGUCCCUCAACAGAGCAACUUCAAGAUCCUCACCACCAAGGUGGAGUUCAAGAUGAAGAAGACAGAUGCCAUCAGAUGGGAGAAGCUGGAGGGAGAGGGACAGGAGUCCAAGAUCAAACACUUCAAUCCAAAUCAGUACCCUUCGUCAUCCCACAUCGCCUGCAAAUGGGACAAGAUGGUGGUGGACAUCGGCGAGGAGGAGAAAAGCGAGAAGCUGGAGGGAGACGCCGCGCUCAACAAGCUCUUCCAGCAGAUCUACUGCGACGGCACGGACGAGGUCAAGCGGGCCAUGAACAAGUCCUUUAUGGAGUCCGGCGGCACAGUCCUGAGCACCAACUGGGUUGACGUGGGCAAGAGAAAAGUGGACAUGAGCCCCCCGGAGGACGUAGAGUUCAAGAAGUACUGAGCGCUUCACUCCCCCUCCCCCCUCGUUCUUCUCACUCAUCCGUCUGAGCUCCAGCAGGGGUGCUUGUUCCGUCAUAGCCUCCGUAACUGUGCACUUCUUCUUCCCCCCCCCUCAUCCCUAUCCCCCAUCCCCCUCCCUGCAAUAACCUUCUACCUGAUGCUGUCAGUUCAUUUGACUAAUCUGUUGAACGGACUGAUAUACUCGUCUGAUCUUAAAGGCCAACGGACGAUAAAGGGAAGUCUGGUUUGAAGUUGUGACUAACGGACCGGAGAUCCUUCAGUUCAUCUUUCAGAACAUUCUUCUUUCUCCUCUCCUCUGCAUCCUCUGGUUUUCUCAAAAGCGCCCACAGCCUUUCAAUUUCGGGGCCUUUCAUGACAUCCUAUUAUCUGCACUUGUAUAAAAAAAAAAUAUAAAAAAUAAGAACCGGUUGAGAUGUUUAAGUGGUAGCUAUGAUUGCAUUUCUCGGAUCAUGCAGUUUUUGUUUUAAAUUUUGUUCCCUGUUCGCUCAGUAAAAAGUUAACAGCAGUCCUUUUGCAAACUGGCUUCUCUGGAAUGAUGGCGGCGUGUCGGCCGGAGGCGUGUCGGCCGGAGGCGUGUCACCGGUCGGUCCCUCAUUGUGAUUUAAGCUUCGGUGUAAAUAAAUAUAAAAUAAAAGAUUUGUUGUUUGGCUCACAAA